AUGGAGCCGCCCGCCGCGGCCUGCGGCCUCCUCGUAUCCACCGGGACCUGCCCGGGGCCGGGGAGGGGCGGGAGGGGCCGGUGGGGAGGAGGGCAGUCGGCGGCGGCCGUUUCCUUAGCUACGGCGCAGAGCGUUGCGGGCACGGAGGUGCGGGCCGGGCGGCGGGAGCCCUGUGUGCUCAGCCUGGGCCGCCGGAGCGGCCGUUACGGGAUAAUCAUCCAUUCGCAGGAGAAGGAGAACUCUGAUCCGGAUUACAUUCCCAUCAACAGCCGCUUUAAAUGUGUGCAAGAGGCAGAGGAAACUCUACUGAUUGAUAUAGCUACAAACACAGGCUGUAAGGUCCGGAUACAAGGGGACGAGACGGUGGAGCGGCUCUUUGAGAUCCCCGAUGAGGAGCGUUGCCUAGGAUUCCUUUCGGAAGUGCAGAGCAUACAGGAAGCCCACCUGAAAGGUGCUCUUCCCAACCCUAAGGACUUGGCCGGCCGGUGCCAGGUGGAGAAGAACCUCCCAGGUCUGUCGCAGGCCUCUUCUUCGGGAGCUCUGGAGUUUGAGGAUGAUUUCAACACUCUGAGCCUCGAAGAGAGAAGAAACAUGCAAAACCACCAAACGGGAUCUCGCCGGGAGCCCCCCCCUCCUCCCGUGCCCCAGACCAGGCCAUUUCACCGAGAGAGAGAAGGUACAUCCAGAGACCAGCCAAAAGUGACCAACACCAUGCGCAAAAUGUUUCUGCCCAGCACCCAGUCGGGACAGAGAGAAGGUCUCAUCAGGCACCUGCUUGCCAAGAGAGAGAAGACAUAUGUCAACAUCCACAACUUCAGAUUUUUUGUGGGAACGUGGAACGUGAACGGGCAGUCCCCAGACAGCAGCCUGGAGCCCUGGCUGGUGUGUGACAUGGACCCCCCGGACUUCUACUGCAUCGGGUUCCAGGAGCUGGACCUCAGCACAGAGGCUUUCUUCUACCUUGAUUCUGCAAAGGAGCAGGAGUGGCUGGUUGCAGUGGAGAAGUCCCUGCACCCUCAGGCGAAAUACAAGAAAGUGCAAAUGGUCCGUCUCGUUGGGAUGAUGCUGCUGAUAUUUGCUAAGAAGGAUCAGCUGAGUAAUAUCAGGGAGAUCAUGACAGACUCUGUGGGUACAGGAAUCAUGGGAAAGAUGGGCAACAAGGGUGGUGUGGCCGUGAGGUUCGUGUUCCACAACACCACCUUCUGCAUCGUCAAUUCCCACCUCGCGGCUCACGUGGAGGACUUCGAGCGGCGAAAUCAGGAUUAUAAGGACAUCUGUGCUCGGAUGAGUUUUGUACCCCCCGACGACAGCCUACCUCCCCUCCACAUCAUGAAACACGAUGUUGUCAUCUGGCUGGGAGACCUCAACUACAGGCUCUGUCUCCCUGACGCCAGUGAAGUGAAAAGCCUCAUCAGUAAGAACGAGCUCCAGAAGCUGCUGACGUACGACCAGCUGAAUAUUCAGCGCACUCAUAAGAAAGCAUUUGCAGACUUCACCGAGGGAGAGAUUAAAUUCAUCCCCACAUAUAAGUAUGACUCUAAAACAGAUCGCUGGGACUCCAGUGGGAAGUGCCGUGUGCCAGCGUGGUGUGAUCGAAUCCUCUGGAGAGGAGGGAACAUCAAUCAGCUCCGAUAUUGCAGCCACAUGGACCUGAAGACAAGUGACCACAAACCCGUCAGCGCGCUCUUCCACAUCGGGGUAAAGGUUGUGGAUGAGCAGAAGUAUCGGAAGUCGUUUGAAGACAUCGUUCGUCUAAUGGACAGAAUGGAGAAUGACUUCCUUCCCUCGCUGGAGCUAAGCAGGAGAGAAUUCGAGUUUAAGAAUGUGAAGUUCCGUCAGCUACAGAAGCAGAAGUUCCAGAUCACUAAUAAUGGGCAGGUCACCUGUCACUUCUCCUUCAUCCCAAAGCUCAAUGACAGCCACUACUGUAAGCCAUGGCUUCGUGCCGAGCCCUGUGAAGGGUACUUGGAGCCAGAUGAGAGCACAGACAUCUCCCUGGACGUGUAUGUCAGUAAGGACUCGGUAACCCUUCUGAACUUGGGCGAGGAUAAGAUCGAGGAUAUUCUUGUCCUUCACUUGGACCGAGGGAAGGACUAUUUCCUCACCAUCAGUGGGACCUACCUGCCCAGCUGCUUCGGCACCUCCCUGGAGGCCUUGUGUCGAAUGAGGCGACCGAUCCGAGAAGUUCCAGUCACAAAACUCAUUGACCUGGGAGAAGACAGCUUCUUAGAAAAGGAGAAGUCGGUUCUGCCGCUGGGCUGCCUGGACAGCGAGGACACCAGCGAGGCGCCGCUGCAGGUGCCGAAGGAGAUCUGGCUCUUGGUGGACCACUUGUUCAAGCAUGCCUGCCACCAGGAGGACCUGUUCCAGACUCCAGGGAUGCAAGAAGAGCUGGAGCAGAUCAUUGACUGCCUGGACACCAGUAUCCCAGAGACAAUCCCGGGCAGUAACCACUCCGUGGCUGAAGCACUCCUCAUCUUCCUGGAGGCCCUGCCGGAGCCCGUCAUCUGCUACGAGCUGUACCAGCGCUGCCUCGACUGGUCACACAGCAGCCGCCUCUGCCGACAGGUGAUUUUCCAGCUGCCUCGUUGCCAUCGCAGCGUGUUCCGGUACCUGAUGUCGUUCCUCCGGGAGCUGCUCAAAUACUCAGAAGACAACAAAGUCAGCGUGGCCAUGAUCGCCGCCUUGUUCUCCAGCCUCCUCCUGCGCCCCCCACCCAACUUGAUGGCAAAGCAGACUCAGCAGGACCGUCAGCGUGCCACCAACUUCCUCUACAGCUUCCUGCUCGCCGGGGACGAGGAGUGACUCCUGCCCGAGUGCCAAAGCUGGGGCCCGUGCCACCAGCCUCGCGCUGGGGCUGGGCCUCUGACAGCUCUAGAAGGGUAAAAGUCUCUGAGCUUCUCCAAGUGCCGUGUUUACAGUAGGAAGGGACGUGUUCCCCUCUCCUUCCCACCGCUCCGCCCCGCGCCGCAGAGGACCUGCACACUCAUUGCACUGCCAUCCACCACAGGAGCCUCCUGCUUUCUCCCCGGGUGGAUCCCUUGAUACCCAAGCACUGUGCCAGUGGCCCCAUCCUCCUGUGGCGGUGUCACCAGUUCCCCGUGUCACGCUUCUCUCUCCUUUUCACCCCCAUCUCCCCAGAGCCGUGGCGGGGAAGGGUGGAGGCUGGAGGGCGGUGUCCCUGCUGUGCCAGCCGUGCUGGUGUGCACUGACUGUACUGGUGAGAGCCCCGUGCUCUGCCCUGGACUGGUGUUGGCCAUCUGUCACCUCUGCCACGCAGCCAGCGCUGAUGUCCUGUCACUGUGCUCUGAAAUUGGACGGUGGUUGUCCCCGGAAGGUUGUAGAGAUGUGUGGCCUCUCCCCUGCAGUGGGGCGUCAUCCUCCCCCCUGCUCCGGCACACGGGUCUGUCCCUGCACCCCCAGCCUUCUGCCCCUGCCACCCCAGCCUGGCUCUCCUCUCCUUUCCCUGUCCCCCAGCUUCCUGCUGGGACACGGGGGUGGUGGGUGACAUGGAUGGGCCGGGGUCAGGCAGAGUGCUGAGCUGGGGGGCUGUCCCUGGGGGCUCCAGGGAUGUCCCUGUGUGUGGCAGCUCCUGUCCCAGCCCUGCUGGCAGAGACAUGGGGGUCAGACCGGGGCUGGGUGAUGUUGGAUGCUGUCCUUCCCCUCCCCGGGGUGCUACUAGAGGGUACAGGCUGGGGGGAGAUGGUGGGGGGGGAGGAAAUGACCCAGAAAUCCACCCAGGUGUGUGGGGUUGCUGUUUGGGGGGUCUGUAGUGCCAGGGUCACACAGCAGGGGAGGGGACACCCCUGGGGCCGGGGACUGACUGGUCCCACCAAAACACUAAGCCCAGUCCUGCCUGUUGGGGCCAGGGCUCAGAACCGCUGAGGGGGGGGCUGCGGUGCCGGAGCCCCCGGGGUCCCCAUGGCUCCGUGGUCCCCGUGCACUGGCCGAGCUGCUGGGGGCUCCUCCGCCUUGUGACUUUGAUUUUUUUUCUUUUUGUUAAAAUUUUUAAAUGACGUAAUUUAUUGGGAAACCGUUCGUUCCAAAUAAACCUCCGUUGUGCAAGG